UUUCUUCCGGACAGUUCCAGAACCGCCACCCGACCCUCUCUCGAAUGUCCGUCUCCUUCCUUUUUAAGCUCUCCCGCGCCUCUGUUGUCCAGCAUCAAUCUCUGCAAUCUGCUCUCUUUCUCUCGCGGUUGAUCCAUUCAGCGCCACGAACGAGCCCGAACGAUGUCGCGGUCUCUGAGCACCCACCUCAAGCCCAUCGUCCUCCCUCUGCCGUCGUCGUCGGUGGCGAGCUCUCUUCCUUCGUGUCGUCACCCCCUGCACUCCCUCGCGUUCGCGCCGAUGAGAACCACGCGCUGCGGAGGGAUCAGGGCCGCGGCGGCGACCGACGGCGGGGACAACCUCGAUCACCUUCAGAGAGCCGCCAGCGGCGCGCGCCGAGGUCAGUCUCAGUCUCAGUCUCAGUCUCAGGUUCAGGCUCAGCCCAAGAGAAGAACCGCCCCUGUCGCUCCUAUUGGUUUAUGGGACAGGUUUCCGACAGCAAGGACGGUGCAACAAAUGAUGGAGACGAUGGAUAGGUUGAUGGAGGACCCGUUCGCCUACUCGGGCACGUGGCCGUUGCCCCUGCCGAGCGGCGGCGACGGGUACAGCCGCGGGAGGACGCCGUGGGAGAUCAAAGAAGGCGAGAGCGAUUACAAGAUGAGGUUUGACAUGCCCGGGAUGACCAAGGAGGACGUGAGGCUGUGGGUCGAGCAGAAGAUGCUCGUGGUCAGGGCCGAGAAGUCCCCCAAAAGGGCAGCGGAGAACACCGCAGGGGCGGGGGUGGCGGCGGAGCAAGAGGAGGAGGAGGAGGAGUGGUCCGCGAAGAGCUACGGGCGGUACAGCAGCCGGAUCGCGUUGCCCGAGAACGUGGAGUUUGAGAAGAUCAGAGCAGAGGUGAGAGACGGAGUGUUAUACAUAACCAUACCCAAGGCAAAUUCCAGUGGCAAGAUUAUGGAUAUCAAUGUCCAGUGACUCUGAAUGUACUUUGCUGUUUAGAAAGA